CUUGAGAAUAGGUGUUGUCCCGAGGAGGUGCUGGAUGUUGUCAUUUUUGUUGUUUCGUUAAACAUUUUCCUCUUCCUCUCACUAAAAAUGGUGGCUCUCAGUGGACUUUUUCACAAAUUUUCCCGCCUGGCAAAAAGCGUUUCUCUGAAGCAACACAGGACGUACAAGAAAUUGCGUGUUUUAGUUUGUUGUAACAGAGAGGGGAGAAAGAGUCAGGCAGUGUCAGAUGGAGAGCUGAACAUGACUGCGCGGGGCUGCGGAGGCAGCAGCUCCAGCCUUCCAGGGACCCCAGGAGGGGACGUCAACUCCGCCAACAGUGUCCUGAGCUGGGCCGUCUCUUUUGAGAAGCUGUUGGAAGACCCCCAUGGAGUCUGUUACUUUACGGCCUUUUUGAAGUCCGAAGUGAGUGCAGAGAACAUUUUAUUCUGGCAAGAUUGUCAAAAGUUCAGGAAGAUUCCAGCCACAUCUUUGGAUCAACUGAAAGCAGCAGCUCGCUCCAUCUAUGACACUUACCUGUCUGACAGCGCUCCCUACAGCGUGAACAUCGAUGACACUGCCAAGACGGAGGAGAAGGAUCUGGAGCAACCCACUCCCGAGAUGUUUAACAGAGCUCAGGCUCAGAUUUUUAAACUGAUGAAGAUGGACAGCUACCGGCGCUUUGUGCGCUCUCCGCUCUAUCAGCAAUGCACUUUGACAAGUGUAGAAGGUAAACAUCUACCUCAGCUCUUGACGGAACCCGUCCGCUUGGGGUCAUUGGACAACAUGGCCAGCAAGAGUCCAUCAAGUGACAAGAAGAACAGGAAGUCUGACUCCAAUAGUCUACCAAGUGGUACUAGUAUCUCGGAGAAACAGCGACAGAAAAGAGGAUCCUGGGGAGAUGCAUCAAAUGACUCGGGUCCUCUGAAGCAGUCAAAUAUGUCGACCAAAUCAACCAGCAGUGUGGAGCUUGUCUCCCUCUGCAGACAGAUGGAGAACGGGCGGCCAGGUCCCACUUCCCGCGAUCAGGCUGCUAGCAUCGGGAGCCGUAUUGGGGUGGAGGGGGGCUACUGCUGUGUCUACCUGCCCGACGGCAGUGCUUCCCUGGCCCCUACACGUAACGGGCAGCCCAUCAAGGACAUGCUGGCCAGCCUGUGUGAGAAGAGGGGCUUCCCAUUAAAAGAUGUCAUGAUUUACCUUCAUGGCAAGGACAAGCCCCUGUCGCUGGACCAGGACUGCUCCGUGCUGAGAGAUCAACAGGUCUCUCUUGAACUCAGGGUGACGUUUGCGUUGGAGAAUGCCUUUACUGGUAAAACAGUGGGAAUCAUGGUGAAGUCCAGUAAAACACUGCAGGACGCCCUCUGUUCAGUGAUGCAAAAGCACCAUCUGAAGCCGCAAGAGACAGCGGUAACCAUGGUUGGAAGUGACGAGCCUGUGAGCCUGAACUGCUCUGUGUACGGACUAGCCAAUAAGACGCUGCGGCUGGAAAAAGCCAAAGGUAAAGAGCAGACCAUUAUUCCCAGAGGAGGGAGUUCUUCUUCUAAUGCACAGGUCAGACUGCCAUUAAUCGACAUGGACGGAUUUCUGGACAUGCUGACCAGAGCUCAGUGCUGCAGAGUAGAUGACCAGCGAGGCCUUCUGACCAAAGAACAGCUAGAGAUCCCUUCAUUCCUGCAGCUUUCUUCAGACCAGGGACAGAAUACAGAUGACUCCAGUGCAACCAGCUCUUCCACUACCGGCUCCAAAACAGAGUCAGGGGACAAUGCAGAUGCUCCGGCUCCAGCCAAUAAAUCUGAGGAAAGUUCUGAUGCUCCUAAAUCUGAAUCUAAAGACUUGAGGGAAACAACAGUUUGACGCAGAAUUGCGAGGAAAGACAAAGUAUUAAAACCCAUUGAAUAUGUAACAGAAAUGUGAUCUGAUUUUUGUAAAAAAGAUAGUUGUUGGUCCAGAUGCACUUUCUUUAAUGAAUAAGCUCACACUUGGCAGUAUUUUCUUUGGCCUCAGCCUUUGAUCAAAUGGGUUUUUGAAGGGUGAAAACAUUCUGGCAAACAUUUGUGUAAUUUUUAAAACACUACAGAUCUUCAUUGGAGAAUGUUUGCUAUGGAUCUAUACUGCACCCAUAAAUGCAUAAAACGUUUGACCUUAAAAUUGCACCCUGAAACAUGUACAGAUUAAUUCACCCUUGAUCCUGCAGUCCUGUCUUAAUGUUAACUCUAAAGCAUAAGUGUAUGUCUGCAGAGGAAGCAGGGACUGUUCUGAGUAGCCCUUUUAAAUGUGCCUUGCAUGUCUGUGUGUUUAUGAUUUCUAAAUAUUUUAUGAAGAUGAGCUUUUGUUACUUGAAAUAUGUUUUCUUGUGUGGGCACUUGUUUAUUUGUAAUGUAUGUUCUGCAUGGUUUGUUGUGAAGGCACUUUGUGAAGCUCUGGUCAUGCCUUGUUCCCUGCCACUUCCGAUUGCGUUUCAAGAUCCCUAAAGUGUUACAGGGUGACAGAUUCAGUGUUACGUUACCUAGCAAAACUUUUAACCGACUCUGUUAAUUUGUUUGCUAUGAAAGGCAUUUUAUUUUUCAAUAAAUCUGAGGUCGGUUUCUGCCUGAAAGAAA